AUGGAGAAUGGAACCGCCUCACCUGGCGGCAAUGGCGACCGCCGUAAGACUGUAUCAGGACCUCUUCCUGAUCUCGAAAACGAUGCCAACGAUGGACACAUCAAAUUCUCCUCCGAAACUAUGAGAUUGCCAUGGAACUCUCCCUCCACCCCGACAUCUCCACAUGGGCUUGCAAGCUCGACUUCCCAGGCAAAGAGCACUGGACACAAGAGGAGCUUCAGCGGAGGUAUUCUGGCGAAAUUGAACUUUCUUGGAAGGCCUCCUUCAAGAGGGGAGCAAGAUGCGCCGCAGAGCCCGAAGAGUCCAAAGUCUACGAAGAGUAGGAAGAGCAUAGACGAUGAUAAUGAGACUGCGAUAUCUCCCGUCUCACCCACGAAGGGAGAGAGCGCCAUGGCAGCAGCAAUGAAGCAGAGCAAGACGCGGAAACGUAAAGGCUCGCUUCGGAAGACCGCUCUUCUUGGUGGACGACGGUUGGUGACAGAGGGUAGAGAGCGGAAGAAUACCAUCUUGCAGCGCAGUCCGACCUCCAAACAGCCAAAGCAGUCUCUUGAACAGCAAGGUCCCGCUAUUGUCUCUGCAAAGCUCUACGGCGUGGGUUACGACACUUCCUGUCCACCCGGCAAUGAGAGCAACACGAGCCUGAGGGAAAGGUUUAGCUACGAGAACGUGGAUGCAAAUGCGAGUAGCGACAGUGGUUGGAGUCAAUCUGCUGCAGCAACGUCUGCUCGGCUGUCUCUUCUCACAGAUCACUCAGGCCCUGCUACAGAUAGAAAAGCGUCUACCGAACUCGCCAGCCCUCUCGAUCUCAAGAGUCCCGUCAGCCAGGCGAGCUACGCCAGCACAACAGACGACGACGAUGUCCUCACCUUCGACCGCCCAGCCAACAGCUUUGUCAGUCAGCCAAGAGAACCGCCGACACUCAAGAAGCCCCUGUCUUCCACCGCAACCAGCUACUUUCCCUCCAUGACCUCCGUCUCAGUAGAAUCUGUCACUCGUCGCCUAAGCUCAAAGCAGCGCUCAUCACCUCUUUCACACAACAUCACAACACUGUCCAGCUAUCCAGAGUCCGAACCACACGAUUACACCGAGACCGAGUACUGGGGCUGGAUCAUUCUUUUCGUGACCUGGCUGACGUUCACGGUCGGCAUGGGCAGCUGUCUGGAGAUCUGGAGCUGGGCUUGGGAUGUUGGCGAGACGCCGUAUGCGCCGCCUGAGCUGGAGGACGAUCCAACCCUGCCGAUUGUGGGAUACUACCCGGCUUUGAUUGUUUUGACGGGUGUAGUUGCUUGGGCCUGGAUUCUGGUUGCUUGGUUGGGGAUGAAGUACUUUAGGCAUGCGAAGAUUGAAGCGUGA